AUGACUUCUAAUUCAGACUUCAGCAAAGAAACAGGUGCGACGGAGGUCGCAAAAGCUUAUGGUCAUGGAGUAAGGGACAAGACGGUGGUCAUCAUUGGCGUUUCGCCUCAAAGCCUAGGCGAAUCUAUGGCACUGGCGCUUGCCUCGCAAUCGCCCAGCCAGUUGGUGCUGGCCUCGCGGACAAUGCUCAAGAUCAAGGCUGUAGCUACAAAGAUCAAGGCUAAAUAUCCAGACGUUCAGCUUGAGCUUGUGGAAGUGGAUUUGGCCUCUCUUGAAUCGGUCCGCGAGGCCGCUGCAGAGAUCAAUAAGGCCGUGGAGAAGAUCGAUAUCCUGAUCAACAACGCGGCUGUUGUGAUGCAAGCCCAUGCAUACACCAAGGAGGGACUCGAACUGCAAUUUGGCACUAACCAUAUUGGCAUUUUCCUGUUGACAAAUCUCCUGAUGCCCAAGAUCCUCCAAGCUGCCCAACAGUCACAGUGCAAGGGCUCGACCCGUAUCGUCAACUUGACGAGCGCCGGCCACAUCAUCUCACCGAUCCGAUACAGCGAUUACAAUUUUGCAAAAAGGCCCGAAGACAUUCCGGAAGAUGAACGACCAAUGUCGCGCCCUGGAGUCUCUUUUGACCCUCCACCGGGGAAGACGUAUGUGCCGUUUGUCGCCUAUGGCCAGUCGAAGACAGCAAAUAUCCUGAUGUCGCUGUCGAUUUCCGAAAACCUGGCGAGUCAGGGCGUAAGGUCAAUAGCCACACAUCCCGGGUCGAUCUGGACAGACCUGUCCCGCAACCUGGAUGAGGAGUACACGGAUUUGAUCAGCAAGACCGGCAGCUUCUGGAAGACUUUGGAUCAAGGGAGCGCGACGACCCUGGUGGCGGCACUUGACCCGAAGCUCGGUGAGGAUAGGAGCGUCAUCUACCUCUCGGACUGUCAGGUGGCGGAACCUGCAGCACACGCGAGCGAUCCCGUUGCAGCUGAGAGGCUGUGGAAAUUGAGCGAAGAGAUUGUCGGGCAGAAGUUUGAUCUGGGCAGUGGGAGUCGCUUGUGA